AUGUCUUUAACUAAAGGAAGACCUACGAGUGCUGGUCAAAGUUUACCAAAAGAUAUUGAUAAUAUAUAUUAUACAGCUUUUAGUGAAUCUAUUCUUCUUGGCUGUUUUUAUGAUGCAAGAAAAUGUUCUGUACUUUCUCAAUUACCAUUAAACAAGAAAUUAAUAAUUAAAUCAACACAAUAUAGAUCGGUGACUUGUACAAUAAUGACAGAUAAUACAUUUGAUAUUGAAGAUUUUUUUCGUACAAUUGGUAUCACUGAUGAGUUAUGGUUAAAUUUAACGUUAAAUAGUAUACCUACAGAAAACAUGGGAUUAUUAUGUUAUUAUUCUUUUGCGAAAA